GUCGACGAGGGGCGCGGCCGCGCCGAGGCACUGCGCUACGUUGCGCGGCGUGCAGCGGGACGAGCGUAUAAGGGGCUGGCGGCGAGCGCGGCUCAGCCAGUCCGUCCGUCCGCCUGCCCGUCCGUCAGAACAAUGCCAUCGCCGCCAGAGCCGGGCAGCCGCGGCUGAGGGGCGGCGGAGCAGCCGGGCGGGACGCGCUCCUCGAGCAGCGCCGCUCCGAGGGGGGGAGCCGCCGCCAGCAUGUGGAUCCCCACGGAGCACGAGAAGUACGGCGUGGUAAUAGCUGGUUUUCGAGGAACAGUCCCACAUGGCCUCUCACUGGAGAUUGGAGACACAGUUCAGAUACUGGAGAAGUGCGAUGGAUGGUACAGAGGAUUUGCCUUAAAAAACCCAAAUGUUAAGGGUAUCUUUCCAUCCAACUACAUUCACUUGAAAAAUGCAUGCGUUAAGAACAAAGGACAAUUUGAAAUGGUUAUUCCAACAGAAGAUUCUGUUAUUACAGAGAUGACAUCAACUUUAAGAGACUGGGGAACGAUGUGGAAACAACUCUAUGUGAGAAAUGAGGGGGAUCUCUUUCACCGACUGUGGCAUAUAAUGAAUGAAAUCCUAGACCUGCGAAGGCAAGUCCUGGUUGGCCACCUCACCCAUGAUCGAAUGAAGGAUGUGAAGCGACACAUCACUGCUCGUCUGGACUGGGGCAAUGAACAACUGGGGCUUGACUUAGUUCCAAGAAAAGAAUAUGCUAUGGUGGAUCCUGAAGAGAUCAGCAUUACGGAGCUCUACAGGCUGAUGGAGCAUCGCCAUCGAAAAAAAGACACGCCUGUACCAGCUAGCAGCCACCAUCUUUUUGUUCAGAUGAAGAGUCUAAUGUGCUCCAAUCUGGGAGAGGAACUGGAAGUAAUCUUCUCACUCUUCGAUAGUAAAGAAAAUCGACCCAUCAGUGAGCGAUUUUUUUUAAGACUGAAUAGAAACGGUUUGCCAAAAUGUCCAGAAAAGCCCGAAAGACACUGUUCUCUUUUUGUGGAUUUGAGUAGCAGUGAACUCAGGAAGGACAUCUAUAUCACUGUGCACAUUAUCCGAAUAGGACGAAUGGGAGCUGGAGAAAAGAAAAAUGCCUGCAACGUACAAUACAGACGGCCUUUUGGCUGUGCGGUCCUCAGUAUUGCGGAUUUGCUGGCAGGAGAUUCAAAGGAUGACCUCAUCUUAAAAGUGUACAUGUGCAACACAGAGAGCGACUGGUAUCAGAUCCAUGAAAAUAUCAUUAAAAAGCUGAAUGCACGUUACAACUUGACUGGCUCCAAUGCAGGUCUGGCAGUUUCUCUUCAGUUGCUUCAUGGAGACAUAGAACAAAUCAGGAGAGAGUAUACAUCUAUGUUUACCCAUGGAGUAUCCAUAACAAGGAAACUAGGUUUUUCCAAUAUUAUCAUGCCUGGUGAAAUGAGGAAUGAUUUAUACAUCACAGUAGAAAGAGGAGAAUUUGAGAAAGGAGGAAAAAGUGUGGCCAGAAACGUGGAAGUGACAAUGCAUGUUGUGGACAGCAGUGGUCAGAUUUUAAGGGAUUUUAUCUCAUUUGGCUCUGGAGAGCCACCAGCCAGCGAGUACCAUUCCUUUGUGCUUUAUCAUAACAAUGGUCCCAGAUGGGCUGAGCUGUUGAAACUUCCUAUUCCUGUGGAUAAAUUCAGAGGCGCACACAUCCGUUGUGAAUUCCGGCACUGUUCCACAAAAGAAAAGGGUGAGAAGAAGUUGUUUGGCUUUUCUUUUGUGCCCCUGAUGCAGGAAAAUGGGAGAACUCUGCCAGAUGGCACCCAUGAACUCAUUGUACACAAGUGUGAAGAAAACGCAAACCUUCAGGAUUCUAGUCGCUACCUCAAACUCCCCUUUUCAAAGGGAAUUUUCCUAGCAAACAACAGCCAGGCAGUAAAAACCACUAAGGAGUCCUUCUGGAUUACAUCCUUUCUCUGUUCCACUAAACUCACACAAAAUGGAGACAUGCUUGACCUUCUGAAAUGGAGAACCCAUCCAGACAAAAUUGCAGGUUGCCUCUCAAAAUUAAAAGAAAUUGAUGGUUCAGAAAUAGUAAAGUUUCUUCAGGAUACACUAGACACUUUAUUUGGAAUUUUAGAUGAAAACUCUCAAAAAUAUGGAUCAAAAGUAUUUGAUUGUUUGGUUCACAUAAUAAAUCUGCUGCAGGACAGCAAAUUUCACCACUUUAAGCCAGUAAUGGACACUUACAUUGAAAGUCACUUUGCAGGAGCACUUGCAUACAGAGAUCUGAUAAAAGUACUGAAGUGGCAUAUUGAUCGAGUCACUGAAGUGGAGUUGCAUGAGCACAUACAAGAAGUACUAAAGGCACAGGAAUAUAUCUUUAAGUAUAUAGUUCAGUCUCGAAGGUUAUUCUCUAUUGCUACUGGUGGACAAAAUGAGGAAGAAUUUCGCUGUUGUAUUCAAGAACUUCUGAUGUCAGUACGCUUCUUCCUUUCUCAAGAGAGCAAAGGAGCCAGUGCUUUAUGUCAACUGCAAGCUGUGUUUCUCAGCUCAUUCCCAUCUGUGUACUCUGAACUUUUGAAGCUCUUUGAUGUAAGAGAAGUGGCAAAUUUGGUUCAUGAUGCUCUGGGCAGUUUGCCGACAGUCAUGCAGGGGGACGAAUCCCUUCAAGCUGUUAAACUUCAGAGUAUUGGGAAAACUGUAGAGAGUCACCUGUACACCAACCCAGAUUCACGAUAUAUUCUUCUUCCAGUAGUUUUACAUCAUCUCCACAUGCAUUUACAAGAACAGAAGGACCUUAUAAUGUGUGCACGUAUCCUUAGCAACAUAUUUUGUCUCAUCAAGAAGAACAGCUCAGAAAAAUCUGUUCUGGAAGAAAUUGAUGUGAUUGUAAGCAGCCUGCUAGAUAUUCUGUUAAGGACGAUACUAGAGAUCACCAGCCGACCACAACCAUCAGGCUCUGCUAUGCGCCUUCAGUUUCAAGAUGUGACUGGGGAGUUUGUCUCCUGUUUGCUGUCACUGUUGCGACAAAUGACCGAUAGACAUUAUCAACAGCUUCUUGAUAGCUUCAAUACAAAGGAGGACCUGAGGGAUUUCCUGCUACAGAUUUUCACUGUAUUUCGGAUACUGAUACGACCAGAGAUGUUUCCCAAAGACUGGACAGUGAUGCGAUUGGUUGCGAACAAUGUGAUCAUCACUACGGUCUUGUACCUUUCAGAUGCCCUUCGUAAAAACUUCUUAAAUGAAAACUUUGAUUACAAGAUAUGGGAUUCCUACUUUUUUCUUGCUGUAAUUUUUAUAAACCAGUUAUGUCUUCAACUGGAGAUGUUCACACCUUCCAAGAAAAAAAAGGUUUUAGAAAAAUACGGUGACAUGCGGGUAACAAUGGGAUGUGAAAUCUUCAGCAUGUGGCAGAAUUUAGGGGAACACAAGCUUCACUUUAUUCCAGCAUUGAUUGGCCCCUUCCUGGAAGUGACUUUGAUCCCUCAGCCAGACCUGAGGAAUGUAAUGAUUCCCAUUUUCCAUGACAUGAUGGACUGGGAGCAAAGGCGAAGUGGCAACUUUAAGCAGGUGGAAGCAAAAUUGAUUGACAAACUGGACAGCCUGAUGUCGGAAGGUAAAGGUGACGAAACGUACCGAGAGCUCUUCAACAGUAUAAUUCCACUUUUUGGUCCUUAUCCUAGUCUGCUGAAGAAAAUUGAGCGGGAAACAUGGAGAGAAAGUGGUGUUUCAUUAAUUGCUACUGUGACUCGUCUCAUGGAAAGGUUACUGGACUACAGGGACUGCAUGAAAAUGGGAGAAGUGGAUGGCAAAAAAAUUGGCUGCACUGUUAGCCUUUUGAAUUUUUACAAGACUGAACUGAACAAAGAAGAGAUGUAUAUUCGCUAUAUUCAUAAGCUCUAUGACCUACAUCUGAAAGCACAAAACUUUACAGAGGCUGCCUACACACUCUUGCUGUACGAUGAGCUGUUGGAGUGGUCUGAUCGGCCCUUGAGAGAAUUUCUAAACUACCCCAUGCAAACAGAGUGGCAACGUAAAGAGUAUCUCCAUCUGACAAUCAUUCAAAACUUUGAUAGGGGAAAGUGUUGGGAAAAUGGCAUUAUUUUAUGCAGGAAAAUUGCUGAACAGUAUGAAAGCUACUAUGACUACAGAAACCUUAGCAAGAUGAGGAUGAUGGAAGCAUCUUUGUAUGAUAAAAUUAUGGAUCAACAGCGUUUGGAGCCAGAAUUUUUCAGAGUUGGAUUUUAUGGGAAAAAGUUUCCAUUCUUCUUGAGAAAUAAGGAAUUCGUUUGCCGAGGACAUGACUAUGAAAGACUGGAGGCCUUCCAGCAGCGAAUGUUGAAUGAGUUCCCACAUGCCAUUGCUAUGCAACAUGCAAAUCAACCAGAUGAGACUAUCUUUCAGGCAGAAGCGCAGUACUUGCAGAUCUAUGCUGUGACACCAAUCCCAGAAAAUCAAGAAGUCCUGCAGAGAGAUGGCAUUCCAGAUAACAUCAAGAGUUUUUACAAAGUAAAUCACAUCUGGCGAUUCCGAUAUGACAGGCCAUUUCACAAAGGUACCAAGGACAAGGAGAAUGAGUUCAAGAGCCUAUGGGUGGAGAGAACUACACUGAUCUUGGUGCAGAGUUUACCUGGAAUCUCUCGCUGGUUUGAAGUGGAAAAACGUGAAGUAGUGGAAAUGAGUCCCCUUGAGAAUGCCAUUGAAGUCUUAGAAAAUAAGAACCAACAACUGAGAACCCUGAUCAGUCAGUGUCAAACUCGACAGAUGCAAAACAUUAACCCUCUCACAAUGUGUCUAAAUGGGGUCAUUGAUGCAGCAGUUAAUGGUGGUGUUACUAGAUACCAAGAGGCAUUCUUUGUCAAAGAAUAUGUUUUGAAUCAUCCAGAAGAUGGAGAGAAGAUUACACGCUUGAGGGAGCUGAUGCUUGAGCAGGCCCAAAUCCUGGAGUUUGGCUUAGCUGUACAUGAGAAGUUUGUGCCCCAGGACAUGAGGCCUUUGCACAAAAAGCUGGUGGAUCAGUUCUUUGUGAUGAAGUCUAGCUUGGGAAUACAGGAAUAUUCUGCCUGUGUACAAGCUAGCCCUAUUCAUUUUCCGAAUGGAAGUCCUCGUGUGUGUCGAAACUCAAUACCUGUUUCUAUGAGUCCAGAUGGUGCUCGGGUAAUACCGCGACGCAGUCCUUUGAGUUACCCAGCUGUCAAUCGGUAUUCAUCCUCAUCACUGUCAUCCCAAGCUUCUGCUGAAGUCAGCAAUAUCACUGGGCAGUCAGAAAGCUCUGAUGAAGUUUUUAACAUGCAGCCUAGUCCGUCUACCUCAAGCUUGAGCUCCACUCAUUCUGCUUCACCUAAUGUGACCAGUUCUGCUCCAUCCAGUGCAAGAGCCUCUCCUCUGUUAUCUGACAAACAUAAGCAUUCCCGAGAAAACUCUUGCCUGUCCCCCAGAGAGCGACCCUGCAGUGCCAUCUACCCUACUUCUUUGGAAGCCUCACAGACUGCAAACUCUUGCUUUGCCAAGUGGAAUGCGGCUUCUGUUCCCCACUCCACCCGAGAUUCGAUAAGGGAGGCUGAGGAGCAUGUAUGCCCAGCCUCCACGCUCUCAGAGACUCGCCUGGCAGCAAAAUCUCCCAAUCUGUCUCUACCCUCAGUGUCCCAAGAGAGGAGAAUGUUGUUUAAUCAUAUUGGAGACGGUGCUUUGCCACGAAGUGAUUCUAAUCUACCUGGCCCUGACAAAGCUGUAAACGCCACUCCCAGCAGCUGGAGCCUGGACAGUGGGAAAGAAGCCAGAAACACAUCAGACAGUGGGAAGCUUAUAUCUCCUCCUGUACCACCGAGACCUGCACAGACGGCAUCACCAGCAAGACACAUAGCCUCUGUUUCCCCUUCUCCUGCUGGCAGAUCACCAAUGAAGCCUGUGCUUGAGACUGUUAAGUCUAGGUUGUCUGAUUGCUCUAGUCACAAUUAGGUAAGUUGCCAAACUUUCCCACUUGUAAGGUGCAUUCUGACCUGUUAGAGCAGUAGCUGAACUUGCUCCACUAGAAUAGGACUUCUCCGUGGUGGCUUUACUGUCCCUGCCCUCCGCUUUUUGUCAGUGCUGGUGCUGAGCCCUCAGCUCCCUGGCCCUCACCUUCCCACAGACCUUCCUGUCUACACCUUCCUUUGGGCCCUCGUCCCUGGGGCUGUGACGGUGUUUUGUGUCAUGCACAGUGGCACAGUGCAUCCAAAAAUCACCUGGGAGGUGGGGUUGGGCCGCAGUUCAAACCUCACAGUGUAAAUGUGUUUCUGUUGCAUGACCGUGCACUGAAGUUGUGAGAAAAGCUUUGGAAAAUGAAUGUUGAAGGAGAGAUUGCAGCAUCAGCAUGGAAGGUGAUGCAAGUCCUGUGUUUUGGCAUUAGAGGGCAGGACAUCACUAGGCAGACGCCAUGCGUGGGUAUGGAUUUCACUUAAAAGAACUGGGAAAGCUGAGAGCUCAUUUUAAAGGCUUCCAGAUUUUUCCGGAUAGUAAAAUAACAAUUAAAUACAGUUUUGCUUCCACUUAAAUGAAUUACCGGCAUGAGCACUGUUCAGGGUAUACUUGGGCACUCCCGAAAUGAGUUUUUAUUGGUUUCUUACUGAAUCUUAAUUAAAACCGAGAUGCAACGCUGCAUUUACCAAGCUUCAGAACCUGUGCAAGUGCCUCUGUGUGUUUCCAGUUCAAGCACCGGAGUGCCCUCCCGAGUUCAGUGCCUCUAAUUUCUUCUCACGCCCUUUCUUUUGAGCAGGGGUCUGUGCAGUCAUUCACGCCGUCUCCGGUGGAGUACCAUUCCUCGGGGCUCAUAUCCAACUCCCCGGUGCUGUCGGGGAGCUACAGCAGCGGCAUCUCUUCGCUCAGCCGAUGCAGCACCUCGGAGACGUCGGGCUUUGAAAGUCAAGGCAGCGAACCGCCGGCGACGGUCCCGAGCUACAGCGUUCCAGAGGAGCCCGUGAGGAAGGAAAGCAAAACCCCGCCGCCUUACAGCGUGUAUGAGCGGACUUUGAAGCGCCCCAUCCCUCUACCUCACAGCCUCUCCAUCCCGCCCACCGACCCCCCUGCCCUGCCGCCCAAGCCGCAGCUGGGCCGGCCCAGCAACGCGGAGAGCAGCAGCAGGAGGACUGAGCCGGCCCCAAGGCCCAGGCCAUUGCCGCGCAAGGUGUCCCAGCUAUGAGGAGCCCUUCGGGAUCUGAUCACAAGGAGUUCUUUACCAUUUAAGGAAUAAUAUUUUUUAAAAAUGGUAAAAUGCGUUUAGUUAGGCACUUUAAUAUUUUGCCCGCCUUUCCCUUUCAGUAACUUUUAAAUGCUUAUUGAUGUUACGUUGCACAUUUUAAAAUGAAAUUACUAAUUUAGGUUGCCAGAUAUUAUAGGAAGCAUGAAUGAGUGGUGAAUACUGAUAAAUGCUUUCCUCUGUACUUUAUUUUUAUUUAAAAAUUUAAACCUAAGCCCCUGCAAUUCUCAUGUGAGCCAGAUAGACACUCCUGACAAGAAACAUACUGACUGGGUCUUUACUGCUAGAAAUAGCAGCACAUGCUCUAAGCAAGCAGUCUGUAGGCUCGGGUGUUUCUGCAAGUAGACGGAAAGUCGUUUCUCCCAUGCAGUGGAUGGGUUGGUUAUUUCAAACGUCUGUGGAAGAAUGGAUAUGAUGCAAGUUAUACUGCAGAGAGCUGAGCAAGAAUGUGCUUUGGAAUUUUUGAAGCAAACACUUGGUUGCUGUUAUUUUUAAGAUGGAAAGAUGCCCGCAUUUCAUUCAGUGUAGAGCACCUUUCUGGUGCCAUUAGCCUACUACCGUACCCAGUGCAUCCUUGGCUUUUUGAGGUGCAACUGACCUUUAUUAUUCCAGUUGGUGUCUUUUUGUUUUGUUUUUUUUUGGUUUUUUUUUGUUUGUUUGUUUAUUUGUUUUUUUAAAUUGCUAGUAAAGGUCCUCUGCUGCUUUUGAGAGUUCAUCCUAAAAUACCAGCAGUGUAUUACAUGGGCACAAAAAACACAUUCAUGUAAUUUGAUUGCUGGAUUCAGCACUGAGUUGUGCCGGGGCAAUACACUAAACACAGUAUGAAUAUGAAUUACUAGAUAUCUAUUAAAAAGAAAAAAAAAAAGUAAUUCAAAAGCAAAUUCGGAGUUUGUUAACAGUUUUGUAAAAACCUAGCAAAAAUUCCAGAUGGCUCUUUGGAUGUGUACAUAGCAGUGCAUCAGGCUGGGGUUCGCUUUUUAGGUCGAGUUCAUCUCCGUGAUCUGCUGUAGGAUAGUGUUUGGCCUUAGGACGUACCUUAGUGACUGGCAUCUGGAAAGCUAACGCCAUGCCAAGCUGUAGGGAAAAAAAGCACCUUCUGUAUGUAUUUUUGGUAUCCACUUUCUUUUACUGACCGUUUAACACGUGCUUGGGAACAGAUGUAUGAACUGCAUUUUAAAUCACGCUGUUAAAGAUAUUCUCCCUCUUUUGUUGGGAAGCUCACAUUGAUUUUAGCUGUGUCUGAUCUGUUGAUAGCUUAACUGGAAGAAAGUGACCACUUUUUAUAUUCUCUGAAGCCUUCAGCAGUUAUAAGCUGUUGAUGGUGGUUAUAGAGGUUUUCUAUAAUAAAUGUUUGAGUAUUUUUGUACAUAAUUGGUAAAUUUUAAUAAGGAGUGUACCAUUAUGUGAAAAAGAAGCAAACGGUUGUGUAUGCAGUAAGAUUGUUAUAACUAUGCCAAAUACUUUAUGUAUGGAAAAAAGAAUAUUUGUAAAUAUCUGCUUUUAACAAUAAUUCUGCCAUAUUGACUUUACAAUUUUGAAUGUCAGAAAAAUUAAUAUAUGUUAAAAUAUUUAUGUUUUAGUGAAAGUAUUCAUAACUUGAAAAGGAACGUAUGAAUUUUAGCUUUGUAUCUUGCUGAUGUCAAAGUCUGAAAUUCCUUGAACUAGCUCUCGCUUUCAACUAUAACAUUUUUGUGUCUGUAACCACAUCAUAAAAGGCGCAGAAGGCUCCGUAUUUAUGCUGGUAGAAAGAGGUAAUACUUGGGGUUUAAAUAAGGUGUCACAAGUAAGAUAACAAAGCUGCUUUUUAAAAAAAAAGCUAUUUUAUUUUUUCUUUCCCCGUCCGUAGGUUAAUAGAUUUUGUUAGGUAGCGCUUGAGCACAGUAUCAAUCAGUGUUAUAUGCUCCUGAAGCCACUUUUUGUUUCUGGCAGUGAGCAGAGUUGUUGCAUUUAUCCCUUGCGUGCAUUACGGAAGUCAGCUUGGCAGCACAUUUCACGUUACGUAGACACUCACGUCGGUUGCUGCAUAAUAUUAAUAUUGGAAUAAAAUGACUCGAUUAAUCUUUACAGUACACCUUGUUUUCUACAGAAUGAGAGAUUACAAUUGUGUUAUCAAGGAGUUUAAGUUCUGACUCUGUCUUGCUAAAUCUCGUUUCAUUUCUGUUGAGUAUCUCCUAAUAGACCGGGUUUUCUCCCCGUUUGGAUCCUUAAUAGCUUUGUGAGACAAUGCGGAGAGCAUUGACCUGCUCUUCUGAACAAGGAGGAAUGUAACAUUCUCUCUGAGAGUUCACUGUAAAUUAACCUGCAUGAGCACUCUGUUUUUAUAACCAUGACGUCGCGAAUACUCCGCGUGAUAGCAGAUGGUAUAAAAUUGACAGAGUACUCUGAAACUGAGCUGAUGCAUUUUCUGCUUAGUCAGUUUUGACAAAUUGAUUCUGUAGAUCAGUUUUUCAAUCUGAUUUCUUAUAAAAACGUAGUAUGAAAUUUUGUUAUGUAUGUUGCAAUACCCAGAGCUUGAAAACCUAAUGUAAAUAAAGGUCUCGUUUGAAUUUUA